ACGGUCAUGGUGCAGGGGCAGCGCAAGUUCCAGGCUCACAAACCAGCAAAGAGUAAGAAUGCAGCAGCAGCUUCUGACCGGAACCGGGGCCUGAGGAAAGGCGGUCGUGUUAUCGCUCCCAAGAAGGCGCGCAUCGUGCAGCAGCAGAAGCUCAAAAAGAACGUGGAAGUUGGGAUCCGGAAGAAGAUUGAACAUGAUGUGGUGAUAAAAGCCAGCAGCAGCCUGCCCAAGAAGGUGACCUUGUUUAAGGCCCCAGCCAAGAAGAAGGGGCCAGCUGCCUCCACUAAGACCUGAGGGUACCAGCCCCAGCAGAGGUCAACACUGCAGCCCCACCUCCAUGCUCUAACUUUGCAGGUGACCCUGCAGCUGUACCAUGGGGAAGAGUACCCUCCCCCCAGCACUAGGCUGUACCUAGAACUUUGUAGGGUCCUGGCCCCUGAGCAGGUGAUCAGUAAAUCCCAGGUUUCCAAGAACCUAGUGAUAACCAAAAACAUGGUUACCACCUUCCUCAGUCCCAUUGCCCCAAUCCUGUCUCUUUCCUGGUUUAACCCUGAGCAAUAAACCUGGUUUUGUUCCAAAAAAAAAAAAA